ACGGAGAAGGGCGGUGCAGUUGAGCAGUCGUGCUACACCGAGCAUUACGUUCGCACUCUAUCGCAGUGCUCCUCUUGACGCGCACGACCUACACGCACUCGGAUUAAUUUAUCAGUUUAGUGCUUAAAUGUGAAUAAGUUUUACAAUGUAUCCCGCCCCUAUAUACAACGACAUACCUCAAGAAGCGCAAUUGAGAAAAAUGGAGAGUAACGAAGGUCAACAAACUUUCUGUUUAAAAUGGAAUCAUCACAAGACGAACUUAGUAGAAAUCCUAGAGGCUCUGAUAAAAGGGGAAACAUAUGUGGACUGUACGCUUGUGGUCGAUGACCAAGUAACAUUUAAAGCGCAUCGAGUUGUCCUCGCCGCUAACUCCCCGUAUUUCCAAUCCAUAUUAGCCGAUGUGCCCAUGGAUCAUUGCAGUAUUCUGUUUCCGGGGGUUAAGGAUUUCGAAAUGAGAGCGCUCCUUGAAUAUAUGUACACGGGUGAAGUUAAUGUUACACAAGCCCAUAUCCCUCGAAUAAUGAAAGUCGCUGAACAACUUGAAGUCAAGGGUCUUUUCGACAUGACGGAAUUGCGUAGGCAGCCCGGCAACACAGAACGGACUCCUGGCGCUUCGCCGCCUCGAGUUGUACCCGCUGCUCCUUCCAGCUUAUCACCACCGGCACCUGCACCACCCUCGAGAUGGCCGCCGCCACCUACUGCCCCCGUGCUUUCUGCUGCGUACGACUCGGUUGAUAUGAACCCGCUCAAACGGAAGAAACUAUCGAGUAUGUUAGCCACUCGGGACACCCCUAUCUUAAGAAACGUGCUUGCUCAGAAUUCCCCUGUAGAUUCAUCGCAGCCUAUUUCAUUAGUAUGUCACCCUGUCAAUCAGCAAAGUGUUCCGCCACGUUUGCACUCCAAUGGGUCAGCACAUGAAACUGACAGAGCUUCCAGUCCCCAAAGACCCUUCGAUUACCGCCCACGUAGAUUAUCGUCUCGUGCUUCAUCGCCUCAUUUUCAUCGAUCAGAUCGUUCUGAAGAUGCACACUCUCCAUAUACUGAACGUUCAUUUGAAGAGGAAACCCCACGAAAUUUCCAUCCGUCUCCACCACCGACCAAUUUUCAACAUGAUGUCCGAGCUGGGCUAGCACCAUAUGUCCCGCCACAACAAAAACCCGAAUGGAAAAGAUACAAACAAUAUACAAGAUCUGACAUUUUGUCCGCCAUAGAAUGUGUGAGAAACGGUAUGAGCGCUCUGCAAGCGUCGCGCAAAUACGGCGUUCCUUCACGUACGUUGUAUGAUAAAGUGAAGAAACUUGGCAUUACAACGAGUCGACCAAUGAGUCGCGGGGUCAAGAGAGAACCCAAUGGAGCUGCUUUUCCUUAUGGACUAACUGGAGCUGGAGGGAAUGAUGAAGGCAAUCCUACCACACCAUUGAUAGACCCAUCGUUUCUGCAACAAGCUUUGGAAGGAGCUACAAGAGACGGGGGUCGAGAAGCAUUACAUGCCAUGGCUUUGGCUGCUGCGGCACAUGCAGCUUUAGCUCCUCGUACGCCACCACGGUCUCCACCACAGUCGCCCCGUACACCUCCGCCUGAUGAUGAUCAUGUAGAAGACCUAUCAGUCUCUCGUCGCCGCGAUCUAGACCCACCUACAGGUGUAAUCGUGCCGCCACGGAACUUUGCUUUAGAUUGUAGUAGUGAAAGAGAUUGAGAGAUUCAUAGACAUAGACAUCAAGACUGACUGACUUAGGCGUACAAAGAUAGACGUAAGGCAUUAUUGGUAGGCUACUAGUAGGACGCGCCGCGUGCGCACUCCUCACUGACCGGGCGCUCCGGCCGGGCUAUUGCAAUGGGCCCCGCGGCCACUUUCAUACUACCUGUUUAUUUCUUCUCUAUUUAUUUCGAAACGACAUCCGAGCCUGAUAAUGAAAUAAAAUUUCCGUUACAAGGUCGAGGAUGCGUUAUUGUGAUUUUUAUUUUUGUUUAUAUUUCUUCUUUGAUUAUUAUGUUUUAUAACGUUUACGUCUUUGUUAAUAAAUAGCAGAUUAGGAUAGCUUUAAUUAGCUUUUAAUAAUUUUAGUUGGACCGGGAACAUCAUAGGGCCGAAGGGCAGUGCCGGCCACGCCAUCGCGCCUGAGGCGGGUUCGCCUAGACGAGUUAUUGUGCAAUUUGUUGUCCGCGACUGUGAUGUUUAUAGACUGAAACGCCGCUACUACCUCACGCUAGCUACAGCUCAACUCUAGUCCAGCGUCGCAAUAAUUGCCAUAUUAUUUAAACUGUUCCGUUAGCAAACUUGCGAUCUCUUCGAUCGGACGGAAAACUAUUUAGCCGUGUGUGCGACGUUUACGAGUAUUUCUGUAUAAUCGCGGAUGGCGACCUAUAGGUACAGAACGAAAUAAUUAUAAUUCCUUGAGUUACGGGUUAGAUUUAUUUAUUUUUGUAUAGAAUGCCAUAAUUAAUAUUCAUUGUUGAUCGAUACCUUGUUGUGUUCACUGUCAUCGGUAGUUUGUAAUUGUUUGCACAAGCACGGUGGUUCUUGUUAGAUAUAAGUGAUUUUGUCAACACUUAGAUAAUAGUGCUCAACGUCUUUUAUGUGAGUAGGUAGUAUUUUAUAGGAUAAUUUAACAAAAAAAAAAAACUUAUAAUACACAUAAACCUACAUAUUUACUAAUAAUUGUUUUCUCAUAUUUUAUAUAUAAAAAAAAACAAUUAAAAAAUCAGAUCAUAUCAAAUUUUCAGAUAAAAUUGAUUUGGAAUUAUAUGAUUUAAUAUUAAAUUGUGUUCAGAUGUACUAAUAGCAUACGUAUCUACAGUAAUAUUAAUUUCUGAAUUAAAUGUAUAUUUAAUAAUUUUAUCGUAAUCCUAAGCGAAUACUUAUUAUUUUGUAAUUGAUUGGAAGACUGAUUAUUUUAGUCUAAUUUGAAAAUGCCAUAGAUACGAUAAUGUACUAGAAUUACCCUAGUUGGUAUUUGCAUACGUAACUCUAUAAUUUACUAAGAUGAAACUCACGUGUUGAGUGUGUAGAAGCUACACGUUUAGGUCUCACUAAUUUGUGCCUUUGUUUCGUCAUUGUAAGACAUUAUGUGCGUAGGACAUUCCAGUAGUAAUGAUGCACAUUCGUGUUUUAGAUCGAUGCGCUCACAGAGGAAUCUACUAAAUAUUAUAUUCUUUAGGAUUUUAUGUCAGUGUAAGUGGCGUUACUAAAAGUAGAAAACCCAUUUGUACCCGUUAUAUCGUUUUCAUAAUAUACCUCAGUUUUGUUGAAUCGAUAUGUUAUAUUUUUAUUAUAUUAUUAUGAUUAAAUGUCCACUAUUGUGCCUAUAAAUACAUUUAUUAAGUGUGAUGUUAUUUGUUAAGUAAACAAAACAUUUGAUCAUUUUAAGUGCACUUUUAUUCUUCUUUUAAUAUUUAAGUUGUGAAUUGAAGAUAUCGUAUGUACUUUAAAUAUUUAGUAUCUACAUCGUGUCUAUAAACCUAAGUUAUAUUAUAGCGGGCAUUUUCGUCUCGUUUCUAUAUAUUAAAACUAAGAUCACUUAUAUUUACAUAUAAUAUAAUGUUAUAAAUACAAUUAAAGGUUUAAUAAUAUCGAAA